AUGUCGUUUUUAAAACAAUUUAACUGUAAAGAAAUAAACUAUGGUUAUGCUCUAGAAAGUACUACGGAUAAUGCCUCUCGUAUAGUGAAACCACCAAAAUUAUCAAAAAUCCGUUUAACUCCAUUACGAACAAAAUUUUUAUUCUAUGGAACACGAAGUGACAUCCUAAAAUGGAUGGAAGAACAUUCAUCCAUAAUUGUAGAAUAUGAUACAUCUGAAGAUACAUUCUCACCUUCUUCAUCUCCUCCUCUAUCAUCCUUUGUUCCAUCAUCCCCUCAAACGCUUUUUCCAUCUUCGCCAUUAUCAUUUCACUCUAUCCAAUCUUUUGAAUCUCAAUCUAAAAUAACUUUCGAUUUAUUUGGUCCUCAAGCUCAAAAUUCUCCAAUAUUAACUGAUAAUACUGUAUUUUAUCGUCCUCUACAUUUCGCAAAGAAUCAUUUACCAUGGUUAGAGGUAAUGUUAGAAAUUCGUCCUUCGGAUCCUGUGAAAGAUUCAAAAUAUGAUCCCGUAAGAAGAGUAAUUCUAAAUUCCGGUAUAACACUUGGUGAAGCUGCAAAAGCGUUGAAUAAAAGUUGGAAAAAUAUUUUACCUGAUAAUUGUAAAUUAAGAAAUAGUUUCUCUUCAACUUCGGAUAAUGAAGGUUGGAAAAAUAUUUUACCUGAUAGUUAUAAUUUAAGAAAAACUAAAUCGGCUUCAACUUCUGAUGACGAUGAUGAUCUAAGUGAACUUGAAUUACAACAAAAACAUCAUAAAUUUUUAGAAUGGUUACCAACUGCUAAUAUUCCUUGGUCAAAAUCUGAUAAUAAUGGAAAGAAUAGGAAAAGUAGUUUUUCCAUGGUUGAAAUGCCUUGGAAUAAACGUCGUGACAAAGCUCCUGAAUUGGUACCACCGGGUAUAUUGAUUCCUUAUAAUAUGGAAGAGGCCCUAAGUAAAAUGGAGAAUGUCGUUGUUGUUACAAGACCUGAAGAUGAUGUUGUUGAUGUUAAUUAUGUUAAGACUACGAAAGAACAAGAAGCUGAAAAAGAUAAGGAGAAAUUGGUGGCUGAUUUACCACCUUAUGAGAGUAUAUAUAAUGAUUCGUUGUUAGAACGAGGUCCAAGUAUAAAAAAACCUCUGUUCUAUGACAAUAAGGUGUAA